GCGCGCGCAAGAGUGACGCGACUGCGCGCGCGGGGCGGGGCCGGGCUGGGCCGUGUCGCUGGCGGCUCUGAGAGUUUGGCGCGACUCCAGCCCGUGGCCCCGCCGCCAUGAGCACCAAGCAGGUCACCUGCAGGUAUUUUAUGCAUGGUGUGUGUCGCGAAGGCAGCCAGUGCCUAUUCUCACAUGACUUGGCGAACAGCAAGCCAUCCAACAUCUGCAAAUACUACCAGAAGGGCUACUGUGCCUAUGGUGCACGCUGCAGAUAUGAUCAUACAAAGCCCCCAGCUGCAGCAGGUGGAGCUGUGGGCCCUGCACCCCACUCUUUGCCCUCCCCAAGCUUGCCCAGUCCUCACCCUUCUCCUGACAUCGCCACAUCUGUUAUGAGGACACAUUUGCAUGAACCAGGGAAGCGGGAGAAGAAGACACUGGUGCUCAGGGACCGCAAUCUCACUGGCCUGGCUGAAGAGAAGACUCUCCCGAGCACAGUGACUAAUCCAGGUGGCUGCAGUGACCCUCAGACCAGCCCAGAGAUGAAGCCCCACUCCUACCUAGAUGCCAUCAGGAGUGGCCUAGAUGACUUGGAGGCCAGCAGCUCCUACAGCAGUGAGCCGCAGUUGUGCCCCUAUGCUGCUGCUGGGGAGUGCCGGUUUGGAGAUGCCUGUGUCUACCUGCAUGGGGACAUGUGUGAGAUCUGCAGGCUUCAAGUCCUGCACCCCUUUGACCCAGAACAAAGGAAAGCUCAUGAGAAGAUGUGUAUGUCGACAUUUGAACACGAGAUGGAAAAGGCUUUUGCCUUCCAGGCGAGCCAGGACAAAGUGUGCAGUAUCUGUAUGGAGGUGAUCUUGGAGAAGGCGUCUGCUUCUGAGAGGAGGUUUGGCAUUCUCUCCAGCUGCAGCCACACCUACUGCCUUUCCUGCAUCCGCCAAUGGAGAUGCGCUAAACAGUUUGAAAACCCGAUCAUAAAGUCUUGUCCGGAGUGCCGUGUGAUAUCAGAGUUUGUAAUUCCAAGUGUGUACUGGGUAGAAGAUCAGAAUAAAAAGAAUGAGUUGAUUGAAGCUUUCAAACAGGGAAUGGGGAAAAAGGCAUGUAAAUACUUUGAACAAGGCAAGGGGACCUGUCCCUUUGGAAGCAAGUGCCUUUACCGCCAUGCUUACCCUGAUGGGCGACUGGCAGAGCCAGAGAAACCUCGGAAGCAGCUGAGUUCUGAAGGCACUGUGAGGUUCUUUAACUCAGUGCGGCUUUGGGAUUUUAUCGAGAACCGAGAAACCCAGCAUGUCCCUAGCACCGAUGAUGUCGACGUGACAGAGCUUGGAGACCUCUUCAUGCACCUUUCUGGAGUAGAAUCAUCAGAACCCUAGAAUCAGUGCUGACACUGAUUUCGGGCUCUGUGGUCACAACUUUCCAAGGCAGGGUGCGAAAGCCUCUGUCACCGACCCAAGGUAGCAUGUACCUGGAUGUAAGUGUGGUAGCAAAUCCCCUUGGUCUCUUCAUGCUCCACUUUCACAGCCCUGGUGAAGGGAAGGACAUAAGAUAACCAAGUCCAUGGAAUCACUACGUUUAGAGUUGGGCUCUUAGUUGUACCUCCAGCCCCUUUACCGGGGACCAGCUAUGUGGUCCAGCUGUUUUAAUUGAUUGCUUUUAAAUGAAACCCAACUGCCAUCUUUCUUUUGUGACUUUCUUAAGCAACAGUAAACUUGGAGCUGCUCAUUAAAGCAGCAGAUCUGUUUUUCUUACCAAGGCGUCGCCAGCCCUGUAGAGGGCUCCUCUGCAGUGACCAAUCUCUAAUGUAGUGUGUUGUGAGCCUUGGAAUUUAUACACCUCUGUAGAACACGUGGUCAUGUUGGUGCUGCACUACAGCAUAGAUUCUUACUGCUCUGAGGAUGGUCAGGCUUGAUUUAGUUCCCUCCAGAGUCCCAAAGCAGUUGACAGUUAAAGGGUGGGUCCUAUAAUGAUAGAAACCCUAUCUAUAAAGGUCUCCAGGGAAACUCCAUCGCCAUCCUCCCCUUAUAGUGAGAGAGAGCAUAAGACACUGAGGCAUCACAAUUCAAACUGCCUGUUCUCGCCUGUAAAGUAGGCCCUACUCUACGCUGUUUUUGUGGUCUUGACCCACAGUCAUUCAUACCUGAGGGGACGUGAAGCCAGCCAAGACAGCUGGAUUGUAAAUGUAGUGCGUAUAACUUUGUAAGUCACAGCAAGUUUGUUCUAAACCUAAAUUUAUUUUUGUAAAAAGCUCUGUAGAUCUCAGAUAUUUUAUAAAUGCACUCCUUAUA